UUUCAAAUUUGCUUAUGCACAUUGUUAAAGUGUCCUUAUGAACAUUGCGAAAACGAAUCAUUUCAGGAAAUAGUAAUCGGCUCAAAUAUGGAUAAAAUUUAUCUAGUGAUGGAUUAUGUGGAGCAUGAUAUGAAAACCCUCAUGGAUUCAAUGUUUGCUCGGGGUAAACGAUUUCGAACAGGUUUUGUUAUCGAAUCUGUUUGUAUGGUGAAUGUUUCAGGUGAAAUUAAAACAUUACUUCGUCAAUUAUUAAGUGGUGUUGCGCAUAUGCAUGAUCAGUGGAUAUUGCAUCGUGAUUUGAAAAGCUCAAAUCUACUUUUAUCGCACAAAGGCAUUUUGAAGAUUGGUGAUUUUGGAUUAUCACGGGAAUUUGGUGAUCCACUGAAACCGUAUACACCGAUUGUUGUUACACUGUGGUAUAGAUCGCCCGAAUUGUUGCUUGGAUUAAAGGUAAGUUUUUGGAAAAUUCACAUGUGUUGCUUUCCGUUGUUUCCAGCUAUUGAUUGUAAAUUUCAGAUUGGUGAUUUUGGAUUAUCACGGGAAUUUGGUGAUCCACUGAAGCCGUACACACCGAUUGUUGUUACACUGUGGUAUAGAUCACCCGAAUUGUUGCUUGGAUUAAAGGUAAAAAGUUUUUGGAAAAUUCACAUAUGUUGCUUUCCACUGUUUCCAAUAUCUCCAAUUGACUGCAGCAGUAUUCAUACUUUUUUUUCACAUUUGCAGGAGUAUUCAACUUUUGUCGAUAUGUGGUCAUGCGGAUGUAUUUUCGCGGAAUUUUUCAAAUUAAAAUCAAUAUUCCCAGGCAAAGGAGAAAUCGACCAGAUCAAUAAAAUUUUCAUGGGUCUUGGAACACCAAAUGAAAAUAUUUGGCCCGGUUAUAGCAGUUUGCCUGUUGUAAGGAAGAUGAAAUUUGAACAUUAUGAACCGGGUGAAUUGGAGAAAAAGUUCCCACCAAGUUUGAUUGAUGAAAGUGGAUUGCAGUUCAUCAAGCAGAUGCUUACAUAUGAUCCAAAUAAAAGAAUUACUGCACGAAAUGCUUUGCAUCAUGAGUGGUUUGAUCGAUAUCCACCACCGGUACCACCAGAAUUGUUCCCAACAUGGCCAGCAAAAAGUGAAAUGGGCAGACCAGUUGUGAAAGGGCCAGUGGUUAAACCACCUUCUGUGAACGAUAAGUUGGUGUUUGCACUGCCGCUUGACGACACUCAUGAAUUGGCAGUCGGUUACAAUCUGGCAUACGGUAGCUUGUGCAGCAUGUUUACGGUGCAAAAUGCGAAACUGUACAAAGAGCUGAAAAUUGAACCGAAGAAGGAAAGUUUUGCUUUGAAAUUUGAUGUGCAAAAUGCGAAACUGUACAAAGAGCUGAAAAUUGAACCGAAGAAGGAAAGUUUUGCUUUGAAAUUUGAUGUACUUGCGGCGAAAUUCAAAUAG